AAAGCCACAGGAUUUGGAUUAAAUAGCUUGUGAGAGGACCGAUGAGCCUUGAGCGCGGGAGGGGAGGGAGCUAAGGGCUGAUUUUUAUCUUUUACCGGAUCGAGAAGGGGAGGAGGCACGGAGAAUGAGUUAUUCUUGUAGCGGCACAGUUUGCUGUACGUGAAUUAUCCAAAGGCUGCGACGCAAGUAAAUCUGCUCCUGCGGCGACGACGCCGAGAGCACCAGAAAGCCUCAGCUCCUCUCAGGUCGAGCACCGAUCAGCCCUCUUCUGCUGGACAUGAAAGUGCAGCAAGGCUGCAACGCAGACAUGGGGAUCCCGUUGAGAACUGAAGAAGAAUUGCGCGGAAAUACCGUAAUAUCGCCCGAUGAUGUGCUUGGGCUACAGAAGAUCACCAAGAACUAUCUGUGUUCUCCGGAAGAAAACGUCCACAUGAUCGACUUCACAAGGUUUAAGAUCCGCGACAUGGAAACAGGGACGGUCCUGUUUGAGAUUACUAAACCUCCAAUACCAGCGGGAGACAGAAAGCUCUUUGACCCCAACGCCGGCCGCUUUGUCCGAUACCAGUUCACACCGGCCUUCCUGCAGUUGCGGCAGGUUGGAGCCACAGUUGAGUUCACAGUGGGAGACACACCCAUCAACAACUUCCGCAUGAUUGAGAGACACUACUUCCGCGAUCAGCUGCUCAAGAGCUUUGACUUCGAGUUCGGCUUCUGCAUGCCCAGCAGCAAGAACACGUGCGAGCACAUCUACGAGUUCCCAGCGCUGUCCGAGGACAUCAUGCGCGAGAUGAUACUGAACCCUUACGAGACGCAGUCUGACAGCUUCUACUUUGUGGACAACAAGCUGGUGAUGCACAACAAGGCAGAUUACUCCUACAGUGGGGGGCCAUAGGAAGACCACCCUCCACCUCCCACUCCCUCCUGCUCUAGACAUUUUCCAUGUACCACUUCAGGACCGGAAACAGAUGAACUAAUGGACAAUUCACUGGCAUUAAACGCUCUUGUCUCACUCCUCCAUAAAUGUCCAUUCAGGUAUUCAGCUGGAGGACCAAUAUAUUUCUCCCGUUGCCUCUUUGCAGGAACAUUGAAUUCUGCCAGUUUAAUCAUCCGUUUGCAUCCGAGUGUGUGAGUGAGUGUGUGGGCAGCCAACACAUGCAGUGUCUGUACAUACUGCUGAUUUCAGUCUGUAUACGUGGGUUACACUUGAUCAUCAGGAAGACGUCCGAUCACUUACAUUUACUGUGUUUUAUAGUUAUUGAUGUGAAAAGAAAAAAGGCGACAGUGUGUCAGAAACAAAGACAGAAAAAAGUUACCCCCAACAAAAGUUUAAUAACAAAUAAUCCAUUCAGAUGUACAUUUAUAUAGUUUGUAUAGAAAGUUCAUUACAUAUUUAGGUUUCUUAAAUUCCUAGUAGCACACAUCUGAUUCAUUCUGUCAUUGUUCAUUUGAAUAGAAAAUGUGUACUGUGUCUUUGUGAAUGUGUCAUUUGUUUUAUGUUUACAUGUAGUACUACUCAUUCAGGAGUAUUUUUUAAAUAAAUAGCCACUUUUACGUGUCAGAAAACCUACAUUAGCCCAAAUUCAGAUACCAAUUUUGAUAUCCAGUGCGUUCUCUGUAGUACUGAUCACUGUGUAUACUUUAAUUAUGAUAAAUGUUUUAAGUAUAAAAUGAAAAAAAGUAUGUAAAGUUUUGACAGCGGAAAUUCCAUCACUGCAAUAAAUAUGGACAUUUUUCGAAAUCUUGAAAUCCAUUGUUGUUUUUUCAGAAGAAAGUAUAAAUAAAAGUAAAAGCAGACAAAAUAUUAUCAAAACAAAGAAUCUGAAUCAAUACAACAGAAGGGACCAAAAUCAAAUCAAAACAUUCUGCAAUUGUAUAAAUGUAUUUUCCAGGUUUCACUGACUUGUAUUUAUUGGUAAUGCUAAGUGACAAUGUUAUCUAUCAAUAGAUUCAAACUAAACGGUAUGUUUUCAAAUACAUAGUUGACUUUCAGAUAAAGCCUGAGAUUUGGAAAUGAACUAUGGUCUUUAUCUCUCUGGUCUUUUUCAGGCUACGUAAUGUAGAAAACAAAAGUACUAAAAUGAACGACAGUGAAGAUUAUCAGAUGAUAAUCCCUCGUUUUCAACACGCUGCAGGUGACAAAGUGUGUUUGCUGCCAUCUUCUGUGACAACAGUCUUACUGCAUUGCAGUCAGGAUGACCCCUAAUAUCAUCCACCAGGCCGGCUUGUUAUUGGACAUCAGUAUAGACAGCUUUUCUUAUGCUGAUAAGAUUUUUCGAAAUACGUAAAAGUAAAUGGAUUAAAGAGCAAUGGUGUGACAUUUUAAAAACGAUGUCACGAUACAUUCUGCAACAGGUAAAUAAGAUAAGAUAAUAUAAGGUAAGAUAAACCUGUGUUGAUCCCCAAAGGGUAAUUAUCAGCAACAGCAACAAGGGUGAAGCACAGCAUAGGACAGAUGAAUUCACACAAGGAUAAUAAUAAUAAUAAUAAUAAUAAUAAUAAUAAU